GAGGAAGAGUAGGGGGCAAAAAAAAAAAAAUUAAAGUUAAGAGUAAAGGAGACAUAAAAGUAAGAUAAAGUUAUAGCACCGUGUUUGACAAAAGACACUUUUUUCCAAGCAUGAUCUCCCUAUUAUUUUACUCAAUUACUUUUGUUUUCAAUGUGCAUUAACAAAUGUAAAAAAACCAUAAGCCCUUUAUACAUUUCUUCUUCUCCUUCAACAGAGUUUGGCCAUUUCAGGCAGAUAGUAGAGCAACCAGCAGAGUUAAGACUUAUUGUUCUAAGGAGAACCCACAAGACAAAACAAAAAAUGGCUAAAAUGUUUGGGAUUUUCGCGUGUUUUGUGAUUAUAGCUCUGGAUGUUGUUGCUGGUAUCCUUGGGAUCAAAGCAGAAGCAGCACAAAACCAGGAGAAGCAUUUGAGGCUGUUCAUAUUUGAGUGUAAGCAACCAAGCCAUGAUGCAUAUAUGAUGGGAUUAGCAGCAAUAAUACUACUUGGGAUGGCUCAUGUUCUUGCAAACUUGCUUGGAGGAUGCAGUAUUUGUGCCACUGAUGAUCUUCAGAAACCUUCCUCCAACAGGCUCUUGUCUAUUACUUCCCUCAUUCUUGCCUGGCUUGUACUGGCAGUUGGUAUGGGUUUGUUGGUGAUAGGAACAAUAUCAAAUAACAAGUCAAGGGCAUCUUGUGGAUUCACACACCAUCAUUUCUUCUCCAUUGGAGGGAUUUUGUGCUUUGUUCAUGGCCUUAUUUCUGUCGCAUACUAUGUGACAUCUACUGAAUUAAAUCCUUAGUCAAAAUGAUCUUAAGUUACCUUUUCGGUUUUUUUUUCUUAAUCUGGAAAAAUGAUGCAAUGUGUUGUAAAACUUCUGUCCAUUAUCCAAGUUUUGAUAACCUUCAUUUAGAUACCUUUGUAACUCUCAUGGAGAAUAGAAAUUUCUGCGUGGGAGAUUUAGCCACACUACUUGAUGAGGACUUUUGGUCUCAUUUCUACACUUAAAAAAAAAAAAAGUUUUGCUGUUAAAGUAGUAGUAAUUAUUAGUAUCUCUCAGAUCUUCAGUUUGUAGGCUGAUUCUUCUUCCGGUAUGUCUAAAAUUGAAUUUUCUUUUAUUAUUAUUACUAAUAAACUUUUUUGUGCACUACGAGAU